AGGAAUGGUUGUAAAAUAGCCUCAACACUUCUCCGCAUCAAUCAGCUUCCUUUAUAUUCAUGAGCGAAGAUCUCAAAACUCGGGCCAAGACUUUGGCCCGAGAAGCGACAGAGGCUGAUCUGCGCGGAGAUCAUUCAUACGCGGUCGACAAGUAUUCAGAAGUUUGCAGUGUCCUGAAACAGCUACUAGAAGAAGGUGGCGUUUCAGAUCGUGACAAGGAGACGCUGAACAACAAGCUCAAGCAGUACGAGGAACGAGCAGCUGUGCUGGAGUCGAAGAGUUUCAUUAAUGCCUUGCCUGACAUUCCCACCGAUCUUGAUACGCCGUCAGACCCGUUGUCGAAGCAUGCUCACAAGAAUGAGGGGGCUGCUUCUCAGGCUGACAUCAAGGACUGGGAGCCCUCUUCUACCCUUCCUGUCGUUACAACAGCUGGGAAGGAGCCUUCGCUAGCUUCCAAAAGUCUGGAGAACGCUACUGCCAUCAUCAGCAAAGCAAAGGCAUCUUGUCUCCUGGAACAUAGUUUUGGCGUUGACGGUUUGAUUCCACAGGAGCUCGAAGAGAAAUAUCAGAUUACCACAAAGAUCGGUGACUCCGCUCUUCUCAAGGUUGGAACGACGGCUGUAGCUGCGUACGAGUCAACCAAGAAGCUCGAAGAAGACUAUCGCAUCAGCGAGAAGGUGAUUGAGGGUGCUAAGAUAACCUACGAAUCGGCCAAGAAGAUUGAGGAGGAUUACAAAGUGUCAGAAAAAGUUGUGGAUGGAUUCAAAUCUGCAGCUGAAUCAGCGCGGCGUGUGGAAGAGGAGUACAAGGUCUCGGAGAAGCUCGCUGAAGCCGCUUCCAAGGCUUACUACUCCGCCAUCGAGCUUGAGAGGCAGCAUCAGCUGCGUCAAAAGUUUGUCACAGCCAUACAAGAAGGAUGGGAGACCAUGAAGGAUCUGAGCACGCAGCCAUGGAGUAUGAGAGGGAGCAUAACUUAACUGGCCGAGCGAAAGAGCUAUCAUUGAAGGCUGCAGUGUCGCCUCAGAGUACAUGAAGCAAUCAGUUCAAUACUGGAGAAAUGGCUCGCCAGCCAUGAUAACUC